UUGAAUUACUGAAAUAAAUUAACUUUUCGAUGAUAUUCUAAUUCAUUGAGAUGCACCUGGUAACGCCUUAAUAUUGAGUUGAACAUUGGUUGAUCGGGUCACCGUGAGAACAGAUGAAUUUCUGCCUGAUGUGACAAGAAGUGCUACACACUUGAUGGCAUUGUCCCAUUAGGUGGAGAAUAAUCCCGAGUGCAGAGAUCCGUCCCCAGCCCCUCAUCUGAAGAGCUUUGAUGACUGUAAUCUUACAUUUAGAGUCUCUGCUAAUCUCUUUGGAUUACAGACUGUAUAGAUAAGUGAUGCAAAGUGGUUCAAAUCGCCUGAAAAUCUUCCCUCCACUUAUGCGCAAUGUAUGAAGUGUGUACACGCUGACUGGUGAUAUGUGAGAGGGUCAUACAUAAUGCUGUUAUCCUUAUGUAAAGGUCAGAGGCCAUGGCAGCGACAGUAAAGGGAUAUGAAACGUAUACUAGAAUCCAGUUAAAGCAGAAUGGGAUACAGUAAAUAGAAUGCUGUCUCAUUGGGUGGGUUAAUUUAGCCAAUCAUGAAAAGACCUCAACUUUACCCAACGUGUAUGAACAUAUCCAUGACAUAGAUGUACCAGCAGCACCGUAAUAUAUCAUUCUUUUAAAAAGCUGAGAGCUGUUGGUUUUAAGAAUAAGGCAUGGGAACAGUUGAUGCCUGGAUUUCCUCUUUUCCAUUAAAAUAACUCUUUAACAGAUUUUCGAUCUGUUUUUGGGUCACUUGUUCCACUUGCUGUGGAUUUACGUAAAGUGUUGUGAUCCCUGCUUUAUACACUGCUUAAAUCAGACAGCUGCCAAUUUCUGAAUUCCACGCAAGUUGAAGCACACUGAGAAAAUGGGCCAAAUGUCACCAUGAGUCUACACAGAACGAAAUAAAAUUGAUGUCACCAAUGCUUUAAAAAAAACGUUGAAUCCUAUUGGCUGUAUUUGGGUCCCCAACACUCACAUUAAUACUUCUCAGCAAGAAAUUCACUUAUAUAUAGACCCCACCCCCCCAAAAAGACAAGAGUAAGUAUGUCUAAACUGAUUGUAAAUAUAAGCUGUGUAACUGUUAAGGAUACAGGUGGAAAUGAAUAAUGGACACAUCACUUUGAUGGUCCCUAUCUUACUUCAGAAUUCAGCUAAUCGCAAGCUUUUCAAGAUGCCAGGCAUAGAAUAUUAAUAAUAAUCGGAUAAAAAGUUACUAAUCUCACAGAAUGACAUUUUUAAGAUGUAUUGUUAUUUCAUAUUUUGUUUUGUUUUAGUCCUAUUUGUUUACUUUUUUUUGCAAAUCUGGGUGCUGUGAAAAAGGAUGCUCAUUUUGAUGUGGUGCAUGAGUUUCUAAAUCCUAUGCCUAUGCUUUUUAACCAAGGAUUGUAGUUUGCUAACCUAUAAAUUACAUAGUUCGUUUUUCGUUUGUUUGGUAUUUUGGCACUUUGUGUUUUCCCUACUUGAUUGCUUUUAGCCUCUUAAUUUUAGAAGAAAUGUCAGGAGAUGCUCAAAAUAGAAAGUGCUGCAGUCAAGUUAUGGCAGAAGGAAACUAGGUGUCUGAAACACUCAGCUCUGAACUGAGCGGAGGAAGGCAGCCAACUUGAAAAAUUCAAUAGUUGUCUCAUAAAGCAGCUGGGCAGCACCGCCUGCAGUUUGCUAUCACAUUUAUUUGCUCAAGAUAUACUUUUGUUUGGCAGGGCCUGCCAUCCCUGUUGGAGUGGACGUUCAAGUGGAGAGCUUGGACAGCAUCUCUGAGGUUGAUAUGGACUUCACCAUGACUCUGUACCUGAGGCACUAUUGGAAGGACGAGCGCCUGUCGUUCACCAGCAGCACCAACAAAAGCAUGACGUUUGAUGGGCGCCUGGUGAAGAAGAUCUGGGUCCCCGAUGUCUUCUUUGUCCACUCGAAGAGGUCCUUCAUCCACGACACUACCACCGAAAACAUCAUGCUGCGUGUCUAUCCUGAUGGACAUGUCCUCUACAGCUUGAGAGUGACAGUGACGGCAGCCUGUAACAUGGACUUCAGCCGCUUUCCUCUGGAUUCUCAGACCUGCUCACUGGAACUUGAGAGCUACGCCUACACGGAUGAAGACCUGAUGCUGUACUGGAAAAGCGGCGAUGAGUCUCUCAGCACUGACGAUCGCAUCUCCUUGUCACAGUUCCUCAUCCAGAAGUUCCAUACCACGUCUCGCUUGGCCUUCUACAGCAGCACAGGCUGGUACAAUCGUCUCUACAUCAACUUCACGCUGCGACGCCACAUCUUCUUCUUCCUGCUGCAGACAUACUUUCCCGCCACGCUUAUGGUGAUGCUCUCGUGGGUGUCAUUCUGGAUCGACCGCCGGGCUGUGCCGGCCAGAGUGUCCCUGGGCAUCACUACAGUGCUGACCAUGUCCACCAUCAUCACCGGAGUGAAUGCGUCCAUGCCCCGGGUGUCCUACAUCAAGGCGGUGGACAUUUACCUUUGGGUCAGUUUCGUCUUUGUCUUCUUGUCUGUGUUGGAGUACGCCGCCGUCAACUACCUGUCCACCGUCCAGGACCGCCGGGAGCGCAAGAUGCGAGAGCGGGCACGUUCUCAGUCACUGCCCUGCACCUGCGGGAUCUCCCAGACGCGAACCAUGACCAUGUUGGAUGGCACCUACAGCGAGGCCGACACCAACAGCAUGGCCGGCUACACUGAGGAACCGAUGGAGCCGGAGGAGGAGCAGGAAGAACUGCAUGAGGUUCCGGAGAAGCCCGAACACAUGGUGGUCCAUCUGUCAGUGAGCAGCGAGUCCACCACCACCAAGAAGAAGAAGAGCCUGCGUGCCCUCAACAUCAUCCAGAACACGCACGCCAUUGACAAAUACUCCCGGAUGAUUUUCCCUGGUUCCUACAUCUUUUUCAACAUUAUCUACUGGUCCGUCUACUGCUGAAAGAUGCUCCUGGGUCUGGACUGAAACCAGAGAGAUUAACAAACAGACUGCAUCAGAAUGGGACACUAACUCAAAGCGUGCUGUUGUGCUGGAUGUCUGGUUCUGCAAAGUGCAAGUUCUACAAAAAAUUUAGCAUUGAGACUGUGUGAUUGAUUGAGGAUUGAUUUGAUUUCGUUUUUUUUCCUCAUGUAGCAAUUUGAAUGUUCAUUAACACUAACUAUAAACAAGGAAAAUAGUCAUUUGAAUGCUGUUUUCAAACUACUGAUGCUGAUGAGUCUUUUUCACCUUCAUUACCUGUCAAGUGCUGUUGAAAAGCUCCUCAUUACGACUGUUCCUGCCAACUUUGGUAGGAGAAAAAGUUCAUUUUUGUAUUUGAGUCUUACGAUUGAUAGAAAGUUAAUAUCUGUGAAAUACUUAAUUGACAGGUCUCUUUACAUUUAUUUUUUUAUAAUGAUUGUCAAGCUGUGAAUCAUCAUGAUUAUUAUUCUACUGUCCGUCAGUCAUGACUUCAUUUUAAACAGCGAUGACGCCUGAAUUUCUAGUAUGUCAAGAUAACACAUUCUGACCAUAUUCUUUAAGCCUGUUAUCUAAAUAAGAUAAUGUAGGCUGUAUUUUGUGGUGCUUUUAGCUUAAUGUUAAUGCCAACAUGCUAACAUGGUCAUGUUAACAGUAGGACGAUGUUUAGCAGGUAACAUUUACCAUGCCCACCAUCUUGGUUUGGCAUGCAAACAUUAGCUAGUACAACUGAGGCUGACGGGAAUGUCAUUAGUUUUGCUGGUGUUUGGUCAUAAACCAAAGUACUGUGACUGGAUUGAAACUGGAUGAUGAUGGUGCCAGGUGAAAACUCUGGAUAACCAAUGGUAUUACAAUUCAUUCCUUGGAGAACAUGAAUGUGUGUACCAAAGUUCAUGGUAAUCAAUCCCAUAGUUGUUGAUAUAUUUCACUCAAAACCAAAAAGGUCAACCUCAUGGUGGCACUAGAGGCAGAUCAAGUCCGACCAUCACCAAAGCCACUAGGAUUCACCAUCUGGAGGAAAUAUGUCUGUAGAAUUGCAAGACCAUCCAUCUAAUAUUCUCCAGAAUAUGUCAGUUUGGACCAAAGUAACCACCCCUGAACCUUCUCUGGAGCUCCACUGCUAGCAUGGAUACAAACUGUUUUCUAGUGAUGACUUUAAUGUAUCUUUUUCUGAGGAUAACAGGCUUCAGUACUCCGUGGUCAGUCGGAGUGAAUUUCAUCAAUGAGUCUUUUCUCUCUGUCGUGACAUUUAAGUGAUGUCCAUCCAAAUGUAGCCCAAAUUUUAACCGAAUUUCCAGAAAAGCGUUAUUUGUCAUGUGAAUAUUCAACACCUUCUCACUUCCAACUUGUCAAAUAUGGCAGCAGUGGCCCAAAGCUACAGACUAUGAUGCUCUACGUACCCCUCUAGCAUCAGGUUUGGACGUGUCAGGGAGGGAGUGUCAAUAUACGGAUGCAUGCAGAGUAUCUUUUCAAAAUCAGAACAACUUAGAUUAAGGAAAAGAGCAUGGUUGACAUUAUGUGACUGACUUAACAAUCACGUGACAACCGAAUGAUAACUCACGAUAGUAACGACUUAUAACCCCGAUCAGACACGUCUGAAACACGUCGCUAGAAAUGCAACCCCCACAAAACCAUUGUUGUUAUAUGGUACAGCGCGCCUGGCGUGCACACCUCGCUUGCGCCACGGAUCAUAUUUUUUUUAGCAUUUUUAGACCCGCAUAAAAGUUUUUUUAGUCUCAACUUUUCAGCACCAGGCGCGGAGUCAUCAAAUCAAGCAAAAGGCGAGCUGCAGUACUUUACCACUGCCUUUCUGUUUUGAUGCCGGUAGAUGUGGUAGGAACGGACAAAGGCAAAUGCAGAUCCAAGGUUGAUAUAAGUGUUUUUAAAUUACAAUGAUCAUUUCUCCCCUCCUCUUCAUCCAACAGCAGAGCCACAGCAGACCUUGACAUCUGCUCGAAACCAAUUUUUUUCCCAUGUUAAUUACAUUUGGCCUGGUUGAGCACGCAGCCCAGCUCCACAGGCUGUUCAGCCUAAUGACUCAUGGUAGAAACAACUCACGUGACUAAUGACUCAUGUGACUAGCAACUUACGUGACUAAUGACUCAGGAUAGUAAUGACUCAGGUGACUAGUGCCUCAGGAUAGUAACGACUCACGUGACUAGCGACUCACGUGACUAAUGACUCAUGAUAGAAAUGACUCACAUGACAAGUGACUCACGUGAGUUAAGCGAGCAACGAUACUAACAACUCCAGUGACUAACGACUGAAGUGACAAAAUAAGUCAACGAUGACGUUUAGUCUCACACAGAACACAAACAGCGGUCUCCUGGGUGAAAGACCUCUUUUUGUAUGACCCAUCUACCAACACUCCCACCUACACACCUCAAGCGUAUUAGGCACUGAACGAGCUGUGGUAUUUGAUGUGUUGGGAGUGAGAAAGGGUUGUUAAAUAGGUGGGUACUAAGCCUCAUGUCUAUUGGCAUUAAACAAGAAGAAGAUGGCUUAACAUGAUAUAAUUAGAGGAGCCCUGGUCCAACCUCAAACGUUGGAAAAACCAUAUGGGAAAUGGAACAAUUCUAUUUGCUUUAUAUAUUAAUUUGAAGAACAUUGCAAUCUCCUCAUCGCUCCACGUGGGUUUUUGUGGUUUAAUUGAUAAGGCAGGUGGAUGGAAGCACAGCUGAGAAAGAAAAUAAAUAUCUUCAGAUAAAGUAAUUUUAGGGUAUCUAUCUUCAGCACCACAACACAAUUUAAUCUCUUGGUGAAAUUUGAAAUUCAAGUAAUGUUCUUGAGAUAACAAACCUAAAAAAAUAUAUUCAGAUCAUGUAUUAUUUACUGGUUUUGUAUUGUUGUGCUGUUCUGAUUUUAUGAUGAUUCUCUAAAGACUACAAUGACUUUUUGGUAAACUUUUGUAGCCAGGUAAUUUUCACAACACAACACUGAAUUACUUAAAGGGUCAUCUUAUUUAUUGUGAAAUUUAUAAGUACUGGAGAUGACUGUGGUGAUAUACAGUAUGUGUUAUAAUAUCUAAAAGGUUUAUUGGCCAGUGGGACAUUUUCUCCUCAGGUCACUGUAGUCACUUGUCCUCGUGAGCAAACAGAAUGAACAAAAGCUGGCUUAAUAAAAAUGAACUCGCUAUUGAA